AUGAGUUUUCAAGGCAAGAAGUGGGGCAACUCUCACCAAACCUGUCGAUAUAAACACCACUGGACACCAUCUAUCUAUCCAUUCAUCUAUCUAUUCAUUCAUCUAUUAGGUUGUUCCCAUUAUCAUUCAUCUAUCCAUUCAUUCAUCUAUCUAUCUAUCUAUCUAUCUAUUCUGUUCCCAUUCAUCAUCUAUCUAUCUAUUCAUCUAUUAUAUUCAUUAUCAUCUAUCAUAUGUUCUGUCAUUAGGUUGUUGUUCCAUCUAUCUAUCUAUCUAUCUAUCUAUCUGUCUAUUGUUGUUCCUAUUCAUCUAUCUAUCUAUCUAUCUAUCUAUUCUGUCUGUUAUCUAUCUAUUCAUCUAUCUAUAUCUAUCAGUCUGUUCCUAUCAUCUAUCUAUCUAUCUGUUAUCUAUCAUAUCUAUCUAUCCAUCCAUCCAUUCAUUCAUUCAUUCAUCUAUCUAUCAGUUCCCAUCCAUCCAUCUAUCUAUUCAUCUAUCUAUCUAUCUAUCUAUCUAUUCAUCUGUCUAUCAUUCCUAUGUUCCUUUAUCUAUCUAUCUAUCUAUCUGUCUGUUCCUAUCUAUCUAUCUAUCUAUUAA